GCUAAGAUAUGCAGGGCUGCCAACCAUUCCGGUUUUUUCGUAAACAUUGCGAUUUUUUAGCCUCUCUGCGAAAUUCCGAUAGUAAGGCGAUUUAUUACGAUUUUUACCAUCGGCAGAUUUUUGGCUAUAAAAAAUAUAUUUUUGGCUCUUUUUUAUUUGACAAGUCUUAGUGCAGACCUGUAAAUGGUCUGCCAAUUGUCAGAAAACCGCCAAUCUCUAAACCAACCCCCGCCACCCCUAAAACAAAGGAACAGCUGGCCCACUUUGCGUGAGUUAGCCUUGUCCACAAUAAUACCGUACUCAAGUACUAGCAUUGUCCGUUGUAAUAUAGUCUUUUGAAAGUGAGAGCACCAUUACGAAUUUUUAUGGGAAAUUACAAAUUUUCUUCAUGGUCAUUACUAAAAACCCUGGAGAUGGGUUGGCAGCCCUGGAUAUGUUGGGUGGAAUGUUGUACUUUAAUAGAUCUCCAACCUGAAUGCUAAGAUAUGUUGGGUGGAAUGUUGUACUUUAAUAGAUCUCCAACCUGUGUGCUAAGAUAUGUUGGGUGGAAUGUUGUACUUUAAUAGAUCUCCAACCUGUGUGCUAAGAUAUGUUGGGUGGAAUGUUGUACUUUAAUAGAUCUCCAACCUGUGUGCUAAGAUAUGUUGGGUGGAAUGUUGUACUUUAAUAGAUCUCCAACCUGAAUGCUAAGAUAUGUUGGGUGGAAUGUUGUACUUUAAUAGAUCUCCAACCUGUGUGCUAAGAUAUGUUGGGUGGAAUGUUGUACUUUAAUAGAUCUCCAACCUGUGUGCUAAGAUAUGUUGGGUGGAAUGUUGUACUUUAAUAGAUCUCCAACCUGUGUGCUAAGAUAUGUUGGGUGGAAUGUUGUACUUUAAUAGAUCUCCAACCUGUGUGCUAAGAUAUGUUGGGUGGAAUGUUGUACUUUAAUAGAUCUCCAACCUGAAUGCUAAGAUAUGUUGGGUGGAAUGUUGUACUUUAAUAGAUCUCCAACCUGAAUGCUAAGAUCGUUGAAGACUGCGAGGAACUGGCGUCUAAUCAAAAGCAGACGGAUCAGAUGAGGGAGAGCUUCCACAAACAGAUCGAGGACUUGCGGCUCAAGCUGGAGGAAGCCGAGAAGCGAGCGCUGGAAAACUUAGAGCUGGCCUCGUCCAAAGAUCUCCAUUACGAGAAACAACUACAAGACAUGGAGAGUGAGAUCACCAAGCAGCGACUGUCCACCAUAGACUCGGACACACAGCUGAGGGCAAAGAUCUCCACGCUAGAGGCAGAGCUGACAGAGCUCACCGCGGCGCGCGAUAUGGAGAGAGAGGAGAGCAAGUCCAGGAUUGACCGAGAGUUCCCUUUGUCCUGUUCUGGGUUUUGUUUUGCCGUCGGGCGGCCCAAGUCUUCCCCAUCGGGCGGCCCAAGUCGACCAGACGCUAACGUGAUGCUCAUGCACAUGGGGAUUGAAAACGGCGCGUAA